UUAACAACUAUGGUUUUGUAAACUGAUUACACACUCCUGGGGAGGAGUUUCGAGGAGGAAAGAGCUGUGCAGUUCAUAAGUAUCUCGGUCUGGGAUUGCUGCAGUCUCCUCUGCCUGUGAACGUGCUGGUGAAGGGCAGCAUUCCUGCUCGUCUUGAAGCAGCAGCAUGGCUGAUAAGCUUGUGGAGAGCAAGAUCAGGUGUGACAAAGUAACCCUCUUUACAGAGAGAGGCUGCCGUUACUGCAGGAAUGCCGAGGAGAUGCUCAAGCAGUACAACUUUGUGCCUGGAGCCCUGGAAGUUGUUGAUAUCACCCAGCGCAAGGAUGUCCAGGAUUACCUGCAGCAAAGAACAGGGCAUAGAACCGUAAGUUCUCGCAGUUGUUCCACAGCACUUGCUGAUCCUCUAUCCCAGGGCGGCCACACCCUGGCCAGCUGCUGCAGAGGUGGAGGUGAGGGCUCUUUCCCCACGGCUUUUCCUGCCGGAUCACGGGGAGAAACUGCAGCCCGCUGCACUGGAAAGGAAGUUCCUUGCUUUGCCCGCCCUGUGCGUCCCGUCGCUGUAGCUACUGCAGGGCGAGUGCUCGGUGCCGAGGUGAGCGCCCGCUCCUCACCGCAGCAGCCGGAGGUGCGGAGCUUUGCCUGCCCAAGCUCUCACAUGCAGGGCAGGAGCCACCCCUCCGUGGUCCCCGCACCUCUGCGUAAUGAACACAACUUUGCUUUGACUCCCCAGUCCACCCCAGUGAGAGCAACAUCCAGCGAUGCCCAGGG